GGGAAGUGCAUUCAUCCCUGUGUCAGAUGCUAACGAAGAGGCUCUUGCGUGUGGAAAUACUACGUGACGCAGGGGCAGAGGGCCGGGGCAUGGGAGAAGAUGCACAUGGACCGGAAGUUGAGAUGCAACCUAUGCAAGCACAUCUGGCAAGGGAACGUGUCGAAGGCCGCACGCCACUUUGUUCAAAAGAAGAGAUGCCACACAACAAUGAUGGACAUGCUAGUCGACAUAUGGAAUGGAAGGGACUACACUUUCGCGUCGGAGAAUGUGUCGUCCAUUCUGUCUUACAUGGAGGACAAGGGGAUCAGGGAUGCACGAUCAGUUAUGGGCCGUCCCUGGACACGAGUGCCGCCAUCUACUACAUCAGGGGACGAGGUACAGGACGUCCUGGACGAGGCGGACGAGCGCAAGAUGUGUGCACAGAGCCACGAGGGGGCUGGUUUGUCAGGCGGUGUAGAUUUCAAGGGCGAGGAGGUUGUGUUAACUUUGUGUGGGGCAGGGCCGAAGGAAAAGGGGAAGAGGAAGGUGGUGGACGGGGAUGGCGUUCCAACUGCACCGGGGAAGAGGGUUAGAAAGAGCUGGAUUGACGAGGUAUACAACGCGGAGAAGCUGUCCAAGUUUUGCGACAAGUUUCUCCAGUGGGUGUACGAUGUCGACAUUUCGUUCAACGCCUUUAAGAGACCGCCUUGGAGGAAGAGGGCUAAGGUGGCGACCUUGCUUAGAGAGGUGCGAGAGGCUUUCGUUCAUAGUGGCGUGACCAUGUUGUCCGACGACAAGAAGUCUCGCGAUGCACGACCGAUCGUGAACUUCCUCGCAGUCGGCGCCAAUGGUGCACUACUGUACUCCACCAUAUGCCAUGACGGUCUAGUUCGCGAGACUGGUGCCAUUGUCCAUCGCAGCUCGACCCACGUUUGCAACUUGAUGUUGUCAGACAUCGGGACACGAGUGGAGUGGGCGAGGGACACGAUCAUCUGUGCUCGAGCGUUGGUGCGAUUCAUCAAAUCGCACGGAGCGGUCCUUGCUUUGUACAAGAGGAAGAGUUCUCAUGUUUCUCCCAUACAGCCGGUAGAAACACGUUUUGCAUCGUUUUUUUUUUUGUCGACGUGUUUGGCUGGGAGACGCAACACGUUGCAGUCUAUGUUGCACGACAACGAGUGGGCUAGCAUUCCUUGGGAGCGGAGUCUCCUGCCGCAGGCUCAGUGGGUGUGCCUUCAGAUUCGCGACAGUCAGUUCUGGCGUCUGUUGGAGUUUGCCAUCCUUAUGAUGGAGCCUGUCCAUCAACUUUCGCGGCGGAUGGACAGAGGAGGGAUGAUGAUGUCCAUCCUGUACGAGUGGAGUCAACAUCUUGUUCGGCUGAUGAAGCAGUCGACGGUACCACCAGAUCUUCUAUCGCCGUGUGUGCGAGAGGUUGAGAUGCGCCUGAUGCAUCUCUUGGAGCCUGCCCACGCCGCUGCCCAUCUCCCCAAGCCCCGCCGACAGUCUAUGCGGUACUAUGAGUUCCUCCAUACGACACCGGAGGACGCCGAGGUUGUACAAGAGUGCGAUCGUUUUCUGCUUGCGCAGACAGGGGGGGAUCCGACAGGCAGGGAUUACCUCCUCGUGCGCGAGCAGAUUCGUCGUUUCCACACUCGGAGAGGCGAUUGGGGUGAUCGUUUGUUGUGUGGCACUGAGGCCCCAAAUUGCGACAGGGACGACGAGACCACACGUUGUGCGGUGUGGUGGUUCGCCCAUUGGGGAGCCCACCCAGAGUUGCGUGCCAUCACUAUCCAUGUGAUGCACAUGUGGACGCCCGCCUCUCCUCCGGAGAGGAAUUGGGCGGAGCAUGAGCGCAUUCAUACGACCAAGCGAAACAAGCUUGGCUUCGCCAAGGUGGCACAACUGGUUGAGAUUAUGACUAAUCGAAAACUGGCUUCAUGCAGGCAACACGGUGUCGGGUAUGUUCUGCCUUGGAUUAUGGAUGGUCACGAGGACACGAGACCUCAUGGGCCUACAGGCGAGGACGAGGAGGACGCUGACCCGGAGCCAGAGGCUUGGGGGGCGAGACCGGCGGGGACCGUUAGCGAUGCCGAGCUGAGGAGGCAGGUUGACGUGUUCGCACGCGACGACACAACCCGUCCGCGAGAGAUGCGUGUCGUAUUUUGGGAGAUGGCAGCCAUAUUGCUACCUUUCGUCCAUGUGCCUCCUCCUGCACAGGACACCGUCGUUGAGGGUUUGCAGGCCGGGGAGGACGAUUGGACGGACCCAGAGGACCUUGCGUCGGGCGGGGACAGGUCUGCGAAGCAGGUGUAAUUCACGUACGGCGGAGGAUUGGAUGGGCUUGCACCACGGACAUCAGUCAUCACCGAUGAUGGCCUAGGCCGGACAGAG